AUGAAUCCGUUAUUCGGCCCCAAUCUCUUCCUCCUCCAGCAGGAGCAGCAGGGCCUGGCCGGGCCGCCGCCGGGGGAGCCGCUGGGAGGCGACCCCUCGGGCGGGAUUGGGGACUUGACGCCCGCGCCGCUGGCUUCGGGAGCCCCGGCCGCUUACCCGGGCCCGGGCCCCGCGCCCCCCGCGGCCAUGGCUCUGCGCAACGACCUGGGCUCCAACAUCAGCGUGCUAAAGACGCUGAACCUCCGCUUCCGCUGCUUCCUGGCCAAAGUGCACGAGCUGGAGCGCCGCAACCGGCUGCUGGAGAAGCAGCUGCAGCAGGCGCUGGAGGAGGGUAAGCGGGGCCCGCGAGGCCCGGCUCGCCGCGACCAGGCCGUGCAGACCGGCUUCGUCGGCCCGAUCCGGCCCCGGGCGCUGCCCCUGGGCGCCAGGCCGGCCGCGGUCGGCCCCGCGGCGGCGCGGCUCCCCGGCUCUCCCGCGCGCUCCCCGGCCGCGCCCCUCGCGCCCGCGCCCGCGCCGGGCUGCCUCCCGCCGGCGUUGUCCGCCUGCAGCCCCGCGGCCUUCUCGGCGUCGGCCCGCUUCAUGCCCGGCACCAUCUGGUCCUUCUCGCACGCGCGCCGGCUCGGGCCGGGGCUGGAGCCCACGCUGGUGCAGGGCCCCGGGCUGUCGUGGGUGCACCCCGACGGCGUGGGCGUCCAGAUCGACACCAUCACCCCCGAGAUCCGCGCGCUGUACAACGUGCUGGCCAAAGUGAAGCGGGAGCGGGACGAGUACAAGCGCAGGUGGGAAGAGGAGUACACCGUGCGGAUACAGCUGCAAGAACGAGUGAAUGAACUCCAGGAGGAGGCCCAAGAGGCCGAUGCCUGCCAAGAGGAGCUAGCCAUGAAGGUGGAGCAGUUGAAGGCCGAGCUGGUGGUCUUCAAGGGACUCAUGAGCAACAAUCUUUCAGAGCUGGACACCAAGAUCCAGGAGAAGGCCAUGAAAGUGGACAUGGACAUCUGCCGCCGCAUUGACAUCACCGCCAAGCUGUGCGACUUGGCUCAGCAACGCAACUGUGAAGACAUGAUCCAGAUGUUCCAGAAGAAGCUGGUCCCAUCCAUGGGGGGGCGGAAGCGGGAGCGCAAGGCUGCCCCGGAGGAGGACACCUCCCUGCCGGAGAGUGACGGGCCCCGCGCGCCCCAGGGGGACGAGGAGGAGAGCCCAGGCCUCAGCAUCAACGAGGAGAUGCAGCGCAUGCUCAGCCAGCUGAGGGAGUAUGACUUUGAGGACGACUGUGACAGCCUCACUUGGGAGGAGACUGAGGAGACCUUGCUACUUUGGGAGGAUUUCUCAGGCUAUGCCAUGGCGGCCGCAGAGGCCCAGGGAGAGCAGCAGGAAGACAGUCUGGAGAAGGUGAUUAAGGACACCGAGUCCUUGUUCAAAACCCGAGAGAAGGAGUAUCAGGAAACCAUCGGCCAGAUAGAGCUGGAGCUGGCAACGGCCAAGAAUGACAUGAACCGGCACCUGCAUGAGUACAUGGAGAUGUGCAGCAUGAAGCGAGGCCUGGAUGUUCAGAUGGAGACCUGCCGGCGGCUCAUCACCCAGUCCGGAGACCGAAAGUCUCCUGCGUUCACUGCGGUCCCGCUUAGUGACCCGCCGCUGCCAAGCGAGACUGAGGACUCCGAUCGAGAUGUCUCAUCUGAUAGCUCCAUGAGAUAGGGACCAGCUCUGCCUUGGUCCCCCUGACCUCACCAAGGCAAGGCUGGGGCUGCAGAGGGACUGUACCAAGACUGCCCCCUGAGGCUGCUGCUCCUCUGCUGUUGGGCUCUCUCCUAUGAGCCUUGGCCUCCCCAGGCUUCUCGGAUGUCUGGAGCUAGGCUUGGCCCCCUCCCCCUUAUCUGGACAACCCCCAUUACAGUUAGGGUUUCCUUGCCUCGGAGUGGAUGCCGCCUGCUUCUCCCAUCUUUAAAACGCUGCCAGUGGUGCGUUCGUGGCCCUCCCCUUGUCCAUGUGGUAAGGACUGUGAAAGGGGGACUGCCACCCUCCUCGGGACCUAGCGGCCAUUCACUGUCUUGGACUUAGACUGGUGCUCACUGGCCCAGGCACCGGUGUAAAGAGGGUCCAGCAAAGGGCCCCUAGGGGCUUGUGUAUCAGGCGCUUGCAGGAGCCAGGCAGGCAGACGGACGGACGAAGAAGGCUGGCGGGCUGCUCAGAUGGCUCCACAGGCUCCCAGCCGCCCACUGUCCAGCAGAGGGGCUGUCAUCCUCGCCACCUGCAGGUGGUGUGUGUUGAAGGAGCCUGGCAUGGGAGCAGUGUCCUGAAGAGAGACCCAAGCUCUUGUCUUGGGAAGCUGCUGAGCACAUGGGUGUGUAGUGUUCGCUCACAGCCUGUUCCCCCAAAGGAGGUCUCCAUGCCUGCCAUCCACAGAACCCUCAGGCUGAUGUCCCUUGCUUGGAAAAGGGGAAGACACAGGAUACCUCAGGAGGGGAGGCUACAUUUGAAUGGAAUCUUUAAUAAUAAUGGUGAUUAUUUAUUGAG